GCGUCUGGAACAUGCGUACUAAAUUUGUGUCUAGGCUCCUUCGGUAGUGGGAGUCAUGAUUUGGCGCGACAUCGACGACGACUCUAGUCUUAUCGUUGUCUAUCGUUGCUGGAGCACCUGGCGUACGCUUUUCUUUUCGCGUAAAAGCGCGUUGUUUAUAUUUUUGUUAUGAUUGGCGUAAUUGGAUUAGUGGUUCGGUUCAACGUUUUUCCCCGAGAAAAACCCUUCGAUGGUCGUCGUUGUAGUUCUGCUACUGUAGAAUAGAACCCAAUCGGCCAACAGGUUCCUUAGAAUCGUGAGCCUGCUUUCAGUUGAGCUCGGGACUUGCAGUUCGUCGGUGGUAACUUUGCGCGAUUCGUUGCACCUCGUUGGCCAUGUGGCGCUGCUGAAGAAUCAAUAUGGCCUCCAAUUAAGGGCAACGUUUUUCGCGCUGUUGCGUAACAGAUUUCUCGUGAUCUGCGUUCGGCAAGGGGCUUCAACAGUGAUAUCUCGGUGUGAUCUGUAUUUAAAUAGUUGUUUGAAUUAUUGUGGUUUUCGAGCGAACUCACUCGCCAGAUGAUUUGUGUAGACGAGAGUGGUGCGGUUAUUCUCGAUGGCAGUGGGUUUUCACUUGGGUAUUUCAGCGUAGAAUUUGCACACUCAAUCGAUACGUUAGUGACUGGCUGGCUGGCUAGUUCGUGGAGGUUUCCAGCAAAGGGUACAGGCCGUCGAUUCGGUGCAGCACUUUAAUUGAAUAACCAAGCUCGAGCUGGUCGGGUGGAAGUUUUCCGUAUAGUGUUGGAGGAGCGCGAACGCAAAGAUGGACGCCAAAGGCAGCGAUCCCCUGGAGGAAGAACACGAGAAAGUCGUCGAAUCUGAAGAACCGUUCGAUUUGGAUGAGCUCCUACCGGCGAUUGGCGAGUUUGGGCGGUACCAGAAACUGCUGCUCUGGCUGAUAUGCCUUCCGGCGUGCAUUCCGUGUGGAUUUUGCGCCUUCAACCAGCUGUUCAUGACCGACGUUCCGGAGGACUACUGGUGCAAGAUACCCGAGUUGCAGAAUUUCAGCGUGGAGGAACGGAAGCUGUACGGCAUUCCAACGGUUGAGCGAGACGGAGCGGAAGAGUUCAGCAAGUGUACCCGCUAUGCGGUAGACUGGAAAGCGUUACUGGCCGAAAACGACCCGUCAACGAUUGCCCCCAAUAGCUCCUGGCCUGUGGAGCUCUGUCGCGAUGGCUGGGACUACAACAGUUCGAUCGUGAUGUCUUCUAUUGUGAUUGAUUACAAUCUAGUCUGCGAGUACGACAUUUAUCCCACAUUGGGACUGGUAGCUCUGAACACCGGGGGGCCGAUCGGUGUGUAUCUAUUCGGGAUGCUCAAUGAUCGCGCCGGUCGACGAAUGGCCUACUUCUGCUGUUUGGCAACACUGCUUUUCGGCAGUUUUAUCACUGCGGCCAGCAGCAGCUUCUGGAUGUGGGCCUUCAGUAGAGUGAUCGUGGGUCUCACCAUCCCAGCAGUGUACCAAAUUCCAUUUAUCAUCGCACUGGAACUGGUUGGACCGAACUACCGAUCGUUCGUUACCGUAAUGACCUGCACGUUCUACACGUUUGGCCUGAUGAUGCUCGCUGGAGUAACUUACCUGAUACGGGACUGGGUGGAACUUACUCUCUACACCUCGGUACCUUUCCUGUUGUAUUUCCUGUACCUGUUCAUAAUGCCCGAAUCGCCACGAUGGCUUCUGAUGAAGGGUAAACUCGAAGAAGCGCUACAAGUCCUCGAAAAAAUGGCCAAAGUCAAUGGUAAGCAGUUUCCAGUGGCGUUCAAGAACAAGCUUCAGAAGCGGGUCCAAGCCGAGAAGGACAGAACCGUGAAACGGGAGGAAGUUACAAUCGGGGCGUUCGAUCUCUGCCGGACGCCAAACAUGAGACUGAAAACAAUACUUAUUACGCUGAAUUGGUUCGUCAACGAGACGGUCUACUUGGGCCUGAGCUACUACGGGCCAUCUCUCGGGGAGAACCAAUAUCUAAGCUUCUUCCUAUCGUCGCUGGUGGAGAUUCCCAGCUAUGUGGUGUGUUGGAUUAUAAUGGAUCGGUAUGGCCGGCGGUGGCCCAUGUGUAUGCUGAUGAUUCUUGGCGGUAUUAGUUGCGUGGCGACGGUGGUCCUACCGGAUGAUGCAGUGAUGGAAACGUUGUUCCUAUACCUCUUGUCAAAAUCAAUGAUCUCGGCGUCAUUCCUUAUAAUCUACCCGUUCGCGGGAGAGUUGUACCCGACACAGGUGCGAGGAGUUGGAAUUGGUACGUCAAGCUACAUCGGCGGCUUGGGACUUAUUGUUAUUCCAUUCAUCACGUAUUUGGGCAAGGAGAACCUCGUCCUCCCGCUGGUCAUCAUGGGCUGCGUGUCGGUGGCCGGCGGCUUCACCGGUCUGCGCCUGCCGGAAACCCUCCACAACCGACUGCCGCAAACGCUGGAAGAGGGCGAACUGUUCGGCCAGGACUGGACCUUCGACGAUUGCUUCCGGUGCAUUCCGGUGAAGAAGUCGCCCGCCGGAUCGUACGAAAACCUCUCGCAUCAACCAUCGGACACGGCCCUGGAGCUGAACAGUGCCGUACCGCUUGUGAACGGCUGUCGAGGUUCGGGUGGCGGCGCUGCUGGGUCCGGCGCGGGUUAUGAAGGGCCCAGCUCGACGGAGAAGACACCGCUGGAGAUUGCGCGAUUGAGGCGGCAGUCGAUGAAACGGCUGGUCAGGCAGGCCAGCACCAUGGACACCCAGAAAACGGCGGACGGAGCCAUGCAGUUGACGUAUUGGUUCUGAGGGGGGGUGAGUUGGGGACGCAGUCACAGUCAGUAUUGUGUGUUUCGGAAAAUGAAAACGAGCGGUUUUUAUUUUUUGAACAUAUUUUAACAAUAAAGAAAUACGUAUAUGUAUAUUUUCGGUUCCUUUUCUGAUUUGUUCUGCAUUUUCUAUAAUAAUAAUGUGCAUUGACAACAUUCACUUAUAUAAAACUAAAGUUUUCUGGUUGUAUUUAGCUUCAACGUAUUCUAGUUGUUUUUCUUACUUUUUUCUGUUUUAAGGGAUAGAUUGGUUGUUUCAUUCACGAUGGAGUUGAUUUUAUCAUUUAACAUAUUUGUUCUUUACAGUAUUUGCAAGUAUUUGUCUCGAGAUUUUUCUUAAACAGAUUUCUGGUAGGUUACAUGAAACAAUCGAUUGUAUUUCUGUCAUUCUCCAUCAUUUCGAUGGCGAAUCAUUGAACUUAAACUACUUCCAUGCUUGUGUUUCGUCGCGAGAAGCAUUCUCAUGAUGUAUAGGCAUUUCUAAGGAUAUGUUUCUUAAGAGUUUCUCAUUCACGUGCACAUUUUGCUAUGCUUGGUUUGUUAUAAUUAUAGGAAAGAAGGUUUGACGAUUGUACGAGUACAGAUUGGUAAUCGUUGUGUGGGUGACGGUUCUAGUUUGGGAAAUCAAAAUGUCUCUCGCUUUCAACUACUUUGUACUAAGGAAUCAAAUUACUCUAGCUAAAUAAGUUACCGUUUAUUUGUAUGUCUCUAGUUGUUUGCGUAAAAUGGUUAGGAUAGUGCAUGUCGGUUGACAGGGAUAAAAAACGAUGUUGUAAAAUCCUAGGAAGAAAUCAAAAUAAGUACGAUUGGGUUCGCUUUUUACGCCAUAGUUUUUUUUUCGAGAGAUUUCGUUAUCUUGUUGGGACGGCGAUCAGUUGUCUUCGUUAUCUCUCAAAGUGUGUAUGUGUGUCUGUUUACUCAUUCGCGUAUUUCUAGGUUAGAUAGAUGACACAAAGUGUUGUUAGUUAAAAUGUCUUUUAUGUUGAUGUUUGAAUUAGAUUAUUUGGCAAGUGAUGGAUCGAAUCUUGCUCUUUUUAUGUUUCUUUUUUUUCUGUUUGUGUUUAUAUUCCUAUCGAACCGAAUUGGCCGUUCUGUGAUACACAAAAACGAUGUAAGUCGAUUGAUAACAUAGUUGGAUUCAUGCUUAUCUAGAGAGCCUAAUCGUUCAUUACUAGAGUCAUCAGUGUAUAGUUAAUAGUCUAUAGAUUAAAAUUCCGUUAUUGUAAAUAUCCGAUUGUAAAUUUGUUGAAAAUAAACUAUGAAAAGAUCAGCAGGA